AUGUCGGCCAUUUGGUCAUAUUAUUACCCUGGGAAAUCGCCACUUUCCCGCCAAUGCAAGCUUUGUGAUGAAGAGGGAAAGUUCAAAGUCAUCAAAAUUCAAAGUAAAUCGACGUCGAAUCUGAUCAGUCAUCUCAGAAGGCAGCACCUAUCGGAGUAUGCCGCAAUGAAGGUUUUUUUAGAGAAUGAUUUUUAAUUUUAAUCUUGUUUGAAGCGAUCACAAGACGCGUCAUUGGCGGCAAAUUUCGAAGUUUCCUCUCGGAAAAUGGAUCCCGAUGAUGUUACGGUAGAUGAACUGCAGAUCAUCAGGUGAAAGCUUGAAAAAUUUUUUGGUGGAAUAUGAUUUAACACUUCUCUAAUUUCUUCAAAAAAAUUAAGAAAACGCUUGUUUCAAAAAAAUUAUUUAAAAAAACUGAAAGAAUCCGCUAAAAAAAUUUUUCACUCAUUGGUUCUUCCAAAAAAAUGGAUCAUUUGGAGAAUUUCAUGAAGGAUUUCAAACACCAUUUUUUCAAAACUUUCGUUUUCAUUAUUUAUAUUUGUGAAAAAGAAAGGAAAACAAAAAAGGUCCAAAAAUAAGAAAGAAAGUGUAAAAAGGAAUUAUAUAUCGCGUUUCGCGUCCUGAAAAUGGACGGCGUGGGAGGUGAAUCACAAGUCAAUUCUUUUUUUGCAAAAAAAGAAAAAAAGAUUGAAAUAUUUAGAAAAUGAGUAAAAAAUUAAUAAUAAAGAAAAGUUGAAAAAAACGAGUUGAAAAAAAUGGAGCGUUUUGUAGGCCUUCUGCGCUCCAGUGAUAAGUCGGACUCGCGCACUUUUCGCAUUUUUUUCACUUUUUCUCACUUUGGUAAAUUCUUUUUCCACUUAUUUUAGAGGUAGUUUUACCAGAAGCUCCAAAUAAUUUCGAACCCACUUCUUUUUGUUAUAUUCAUUUAGGAUAAUCAGUACUUUUCCAGUCAAAUCACGGCCGGCAACAUAAACCUGGAAGCUUUCAAAGAUGGCAAUUCUCAUUCCCUAUUUCGGCCAUUCCAUGUCCGCGGUUUUAUUUCUCCGACAAGGUGGAAGAUUGUCAGAGCCAUUCGAAGCCUCGUUGAUAGAAAAAACGAGGAAGUUCUUUGUUCGUUACGGGGAUGUGAAUCGUAAGUUUCAAAUCGUAAUCUUGUAUUUUAGGGUUGAUUAUUUUUUUAAAUUUUGAAAACUUCUGAUUUUUUUGAAGGCCCUGAGGGCUUUUAAAGCAUUAAAAAAAGCUCAGAGCUCCAAAAAAAAAAUUUUUUUUCUCAAUUUUCAUACUUGAAAUAUUUUUAGUGGCCGCUAUAGUGGUCAAAUUAGUGGCCACUUAAGAGGUGAAAAAUGAGUGGCCAUUAGAGAGGUCGGACGGCUACUAAUAGACCACUAAAAUUUUUAGUGGCCACUUUAGGGGUCAAUGGAUCAACAUAACUGGUCCAAUCUGUUUGUUUUAAAAUUAUCAGACUGGAAGGAAUCCUGGAUGAAAAACUGUCUCUAUAGUGGCCACUAAAAUUUCCCCAAAAUGGAAAAAAUUCAGAUGGAGUAUGAACAUCAGCGUUUGGCCGACCAAGUCCGACCAAAGCUUGUUUUUGGUCGUUAUCCUCAAUUUUUUGAAUCAAGAUGGUGCCAGAAAAUCUCUGGUGGCCAGGGUCCAGGAUUGCGAUGUCGAGUGAGGGUGUUUUUUUAAAAAGGAUUUUUCUCGAAAAAGAGAAAAAAAUUUGAGAAAUAAGUGAAUUUUUAUAAAGGAAAUUUUUUUAUCAAACUUGAAAUCGUGAUUUUUCUUAAAAUUUAUUCUUUUUUUCUCCUUUUUCUUCUAUCCAAGUUUCUGUCCCUUUUUAGAAAUGUAAAAAGUCAAAAAGACUUCAACUUUGAAAUUUAUGAGAACAUGUCAAGGGAAUUUUAUUUUUCAUUAAACUCGCAUCACUUCUCAUUUUUUUUGUUUUGAUAAUUGAUAGAAGUCAUGAAAAAGUCGCCAAAUAUUUCAUAUACUGCGAAAGUUUUUUUGUGGCCACUAUAGAGGCUCGCCAAGGACUACUCGCACACUAAAGUGGCCACUAAACCCACCUCUAUAGCGGCCACUAUUUUCCUUUUUAGUGGCCACUAUAGAGGUUCUCUAUUUAGUGGCCACUUCAGUAGUUUUUUUCGUCCAGUAUUCCUUCCAGUAUUUCUGAUAAUUAUAAAACAAAUAGAUUGGACCAGUUAUGUUGAUCCAUUGAUCCCUAAAGUGGCCACUAAAGUUUUUAGUGGUCUAGUAGUGGCACUUAGACCUCUAUAAUAACCACUAAUUCUUACCCCUUAACUAAUUUGACUACUUUAGUGGCCACUAAAACGUCAAAACCCUAUAGUGGCCACCAAAAAUUUUCCCAGUGUUUGAUCUUUUAUUCCUUCCAAUCCCCUGAUUCUUCAUUAACUAUAAAGAAAAUCUCAAACUAGCUCACUUCCCGGCUUCAUGAUUAUUGGAACGAUUUCAAACUUUUUUCAAACAUUUGUUUAUUUUUUUGAAAUGUCGUUCGAAACUAUCGUUCCAAGCGCUUUUAUUUUUCCAUCUGAAUAUUUGGCAGAUGUUUCAAACCUUGUCCGCGGUUUCCGAAUGAAAAAAUGGACGGAAAAGCAAAAAAUCGCGAUUUCAAUAGAACAAUACAGUGGCAGGUGCGAGGCGCUGAGAAAAAAACGUCGCCGGAAAAAUUUUUCAAAUGGAUUCAUAUUUUUGAAGUAACAAGAUUUGAAGUGAAUUUAAGGAUUUUUCAAAAUGUAGAAUUUGCAAAUUUCUUCAACAGUUUUUUUUUCUAAUUUGGAAAAAACACAGAUUUCUGGUUUCUAACUGUUUUUUUAUCAACCAAAGAAGAAAUUUUUCGAAAUAACAAUGAUAAAAAAACCCUAGUUACUUUUUUUGAUAAUUAUACAUUUUUUUACGAAGCUUUUUGAUUGGAACAGAAAUAUUUUCUGGAGAUUUUCGCAAUUUUUUUCAAUUUUUUUGAUGAAUGAGUCAAUUUUAAAAAAAGAUUAUAUUUUUUUCGUAGUAUCAUUUUUUUAAUUCUAGAAUGGACUCGGACGAGUUCGAAAUGAAGUUGUCGUUAUUCCUGGAAGAAAUUUACGACGGAAAAAGGGGCCAUAUGAAAAAGUUCGCCGGUGCAAUGUACAGCGGGCCGAAAAAUCUGAUUCCGGCUUUUUCGUCUUUGAAAAUUCGAUUGUGAGUCUAGCUAUUCAAAAAUCCUUUCUGUGUUAAUAAAAGCAGCUUUUUUUUAACUUGAGUUAACUCAAAAAACGAUAUUUCACUGGUCAGUUUUUUUUUCUGUUUGAGAGACCACAGCAAGGAUUUUUUUGAAAAAAAUAGGUUUUUAAAAAGAAAAUUCAGGUUUCAGAGUCCCUUGCUGCUGUGAAACGCUGCAGUUUGUCCUGGAAAAGUCGAUUUCCUCGGUAGAAUUCGUCAGAAAUCUCUUCGGGAAAUUUUUCCUCCUUGUUAUCGAACUUUAUCGGACACAACGUGGGAGGAUGGCUAUUAGAAUGUCAGCUGUUGAUUUAUAUUUUCGCGAUUUUUUCAAAGAAAUGGUCUUGGCACGAUCAUAGGAAUACAUACCUACAGUAACCCGGGAUUUUUUUUUUAAAGCUGGCUCUAUUUUCGCUCUCGGUUUCUUUUUUUGUUUAAAAAACGUCCAGACCAAUAAUUGUAGUUAUCAAAUCGUCCUGUCGAUUCUACUUUUUCUGAACCGAAAAAUCCUCAAAACUAGGUUCUCAUCGAAACUUAUUCCCAUUUUACAAAACUUCUCAAACCUAUGUAGGUUCUCAUCGAGGUUUCACAUUAUUUCCCACUUUCCCAUAUUCUUUCCGAAAAAGAGACAAAAGACGUCGACCAAUCCGGACACACGUCGUUAAAAUGUCCGUUCGUUUUUAUGGUGCGAAAAUGAGCCGGGAAUCCCUUUCAAGACAAGAAUAACAAGUGUCGAGAUUCAAAUGAGAGUUGCAAACUUUUUGAAGCAUAAAUAGUCUUCGACUUCCCGUUUUGAACUUUGUGCUCAGAAAUUCUGAAAAGUUCCAACUUUAUCAAACUUCUCAACAAAGAAGCACAUGCGACUAGGUUUCCUUUGUCUCCAACUUCUGAAAAGACGGUCAGAAUGUUUAUUUUGGAGUCCAAAGUCCGGUACAUCCGAAAGAAGUUGGUUUAGAGUAGAUUCCAUUGUGAAACUCGCGCUUUUGCCCUUUUGUUCUGUUGUUUUUGCCUCGGCGGAUAGCUUCUUUCUGCCAUUUCGGACAGAUUUCGCCGAGUUACACAAAAAUCGGAAGAUCACAUUUUUCUGUUUCUCAGCUACGUUUUGAAGUGUACAUCGAAAGCUUUACAGUGAAUAACAAUUCAAAAGAAACUUUAUUUUUUCUGCAGAUGAAUCUUCUCAAUUUUUGAAAGAAAGGCGAAUAUUUUCGAAAUCAUUGAAGAAAUUAGGAUUUCGAAAAAAAUUAUCACGGACUUUUCGCGUCCCACGCUUGUAUAUGUAUAUUCCAUGUCCUUUGAUCCAAGCUUCAGAGCUCAACAUUUAAGGAUAAUAGAUUUAAAAUUUUCAGAUCUGAAAUUUUCCAAAGAUUUUGGGCUAUUUUGGGUCUUUUCAAAAGUUCUGGGCCUUCAAAAAAUCUUACAACAAGUUUUGGAAUCGUUAGUAUUGCCCAAUCACGUUCAGUAACUUGGGCUCAAUUCAUCUUUCGAUUUAUAAUCCCUCUUUAUAAAAUUCGACUCAUUAUCCCAGCUCAGCUCCUGUUUCUAAUCCAAACAUGAGCGCUCAAAGUCUAACAGUACCAGAUUUGAAUUUUCUGAAACUUUGCCCGGCGACCGGAAGACAAAAGGAGACUUUCCAAUGGGUCGACGGCCGUGCCAGGCGCCCCUUUUUUCGGUUUUCCACGGCGGCUUCCGUCUCAACUUUGGCGCCGAAAGUUUGGAGAUCUCUGGUUUUGGAAUUUGAAAAUUGGCGCGUUUUUGGACGAGAAAAGAUGUGGAGGACGGACACUUAUAGAAAAAGUUAUUUCCACUGAAUGAGCUACAAAUUUACUUAGUUAGUUCCGUAGUAUACUGUAUCAGAAUGAUCGUAGGCUACUAUCAAAAGACAUGUGUUAUUUUCCCUAUAACAACUCGGAAAUUGGUAACGCGAAUCGGAGGUGUCGGGGCGUUUCAAGUGGCCACUUUAGUAGUCAGUAAUUCUUAGAAAUGCUCAGAAACGUCCGGUUUUCGUUACCGAGAUCCGAGAGUAUUAUUGUAAAUCAUUUAUACAAUAGUUAACUUCUAUAGAUUUUUUUUAAAAUCAGAAAAUACUUGAGAAUCUUCCUCAAGUCUGUCUCAUUUUGCUCAAAACUAUCAGAGGUAAUCCUCGAGGUACCAUCGUGAGACUUCAGAGUCUGCGAUAUACCUCAUGGGGUCUCGCGAUACCCUUUCUCGACUUGCCUAUGUUUGUUACGAUAGUAGAUCUCAAAGUAUAUACUUUCCAUUUUCGAAGCUCGUAAAAUUUUUUUAACUCGGCGAAAUCUGUCCGAAAUGGCAGAAAGAAGCUAUCCGCCGAGGCAAAAACAACAGAACAAAAGGGCAAAAGCGCGAGUUUCACAAUGGAAUCUACUCUAAACCAACUUCUUUCGGAUGUACCGGACUUUGGACUCCAAAAUAAACAUUCUGACCGUCUUUUCAGAAGUUGGAGACAAAGGAAACCUAGUCGCAUGUGCUUCUUUGUUGAGAAUUUUGAUAAAGUUGGAAAUUUUCAGAAUUUCUGGGCACAAAGUUCAAAAUAAGAGGUCGAAGAUUAUUUUUGCUUCUAAAAGUUUGCAAACUCUCAUUUGAAUCUCGACGUUUGUUAUUCUUGUCUUGAAAGGGAUUCCCGGCUCAUUUUCGCACCAUAAAAACGAACGGACAUUUUAACGACGUGUGUCCGGAUUGGUCAACGUCUUUUGUUUCUUUUCGGAAAGAAGAUGGGAAAACGGGAAAUAAUGUGACAUUUCGAUGAGAACCUACAUAGGUUUGAGAAGUUUUGUAAAAGAGGAAUAAGUUUCGAUGAGAACCUAGUUUUGAGGAAUUUUUGGUUCGCGGUUUCUCAAAAAUCGGAUAGGCUUGAGAAUUCCAAAACUGGCAGUUUUUUGAACAGAAGAAGACACCGUGAUGCAGAUAAUGGAGUCAGAUUUUUGGAAAAAAAAAAUUGGUUACUGUAUAUAAACGGUUUUUGUGUACUUCACGGAGCUGAAAGUCACUUGGAGGCCAAGAAGAAGUCAUUUUGAUAUGUUUUGUUGAUUUUGUAGAAUUUUUUCUCUCAUUUAUAAACGGAAUUUUUUUUCAAUGGAUAACAAGAAAAAAGAAAAUUUUUCCCUUUUUAGGCUGGAACUGGAAGAAAAACUUGUGAAAAGGCCGUUGCUUCAGAAUAUUAAAACGUGGAGUUCGUUUUAUUAUCUUCUGAAAUGGGUCGCCGAUACUGUUCGUUGAAAAAAAGUUCUAAAAAAAUAAGAAUUCCAGGACCGUCACAUCAUUGAAGAGUUGUGUGCGGCGGUCGGUUUCGAACCGCCGAGUUGCUCAGAUUGGGAAGAUAUUCCUCAGAUUUGCCAGCUCUUGCAGAUCUUCCAUGACGUUAAUAAUGAGGUUGGCAAGUGAGAUUUUUGGGGAAGUCUCAUGGUGACCGUAAACAGCGAGCAUAGGUUACGGUAGUUCUGAGAAAUAAUCGUAAAUGUGAAAACAGGUUUGAGUUUUUUAGGAGGAUGACUAGAUUUUUUCCUUAGUUUUGAGGACAGUAAAUGAUAGUAAUUGGUCUUUGAUUCUGGAAAAUCAUCAUGGGUCCCGCAGCAAAAACUGGUUACGGUAGUUUUUAGGAGGAUGACCAGGUUUUUUUCAAACGGAGUUUUGAGUGCAGUAAAUGGUAUUAGUAGGUUUUUAAUUUUGAAAAAUCAUCAUGGGUCCCAUCACGAAAACAGGUUACGGUAGUUUUUAGGAAGAUGACUUUCUUUUUAUGUGGCUUUCAGGGCAGUGAAGAAUACUAAUGGCUUUUUGAUUUCAAAAGUUUAUCAAGGGUCCCACAACGGCAACAGGUUACGGUAGUUUUUUAAGAAGAGGACUCGCUUUUUUUACGGAAUUUUUAGGGCGGUAAAUGAUGGUAGUUGUUUUUUUGAUUCUGGAAAAUCAUCAUGGAUCCCACAACGGAAAUAGGUUACUGUAGUUUUUAGGAUGGUGACUAGAUUUUUUCCUUAGUUUUGAGGACAGUAAAUGAUAGUUUUUUAUUUUGGAAAACAGUCAUAGGUCCCGCAGCGAAAACAGGUUACGGUAGUUAUAGAUGAAUUAAGAGAAAAUUUACAACUUUUUCAUGUGAAAAUGGAUUUCACAACGAAAAAUACUCUAAAAGUAAUUUUUGUUUCUAUUGAUGUCAAAAAGGAGAUAUUUUUUUACAGGAAGAAAAGGUUACUGUAAUUGGUAGGUUAGCUUCUUAAAUAUUUUGAGAAUUUUUUUGUCGGAAAAAUCAUUUUCUGAUCUUGAAGCGAGUAGGAAUGGUGACAUUGGAACUGCAGAAUAAGCCUAAUUGUUUUUUUUAACCGAAACAUUUGAUAAGACGUUUUUUUCAGAUACUGUACAAGUGUGAUUUCGUCUCUCAGAUCAUCCCCAAUUUGAUUUUACUGCGAAGAUCUUUGGAAAUGUUGGUGAUUUUUUGUAAGAGGGUUUCAUGAAAAUAAAGAAAAGAGCUGUGGAUUUUUGAAAAAUAGUCAUUUUUGUACAUUAAUGCCAUGCUAAAAGUCAUUGCCGCGAAAUACAAAAUUAUCUCUGACUCUCCGAAAUUGAGUUAUCUUUUCCUUUCUCGGACGGCUAUUUCGGAUUUCGAGAACACCCCAUAAUUUUUAAUUUUGGAUUCUUAUUCUUCAAAAAAAAAAAUUUGCGCAAGGAUUUUUCUUUCAGAACAACAGUGACGACUUCAGCAGCCGUCGCUUUAAAAAAUGAAAUUCUUGAGCAAGUUGAAGCCCGAUUGGCAGCCGUCAAGGACAAUUUGAUCUGGAGGCUGGCCACUUUUCUGGACUCCAGGAGUUCCAAUUUCCAAAAUAUUUUUCCCGGAAAGGAGCUCUUCAAUAUUGAAGAGGACGUCGUUCAGUACAUCCGAGGCACGUCCAAAAAGAAUUUUUCAAAGCAGAUUGACUAUUUUUAAAUUAUUUGAUUGAUGUACGGCUUUUUUGGGGCGCAGGAAAGUUUUCGAGAAGUAGUUUUUGUUGACGGUUGUAGUUCAAGGAAAUAAGGGUUCCGAAAAAAGGGAAAAAUUUUAAAAAAAAGCAUAACUUUCCGGAAUUUUUCUCUUGAAUAUUUCUUGUCAUGUUAAUUUUAUUAAUUUGUUUUUUUUUGAUUAUCAACCGGCCUUCGUGAAAAAAAUACCAAGUUCUCUUAGGAAAUGAAAUUAAAGAUUUAAAAAUGUCCAUUCACGGCUUAUUUAGGACGCAAAAGCCCGAUAUUUUUUAUCGUGGUUAGAUUUCUUUUUUGUGAUCCUUGAAAUAUUAACGCAAUUAAGUCGAGAAUUGUUUUUUUCCGCAAAAACUGGAACUUUUUCUUUCUAGGACAAUAAAAACGGCUAUUUUCGAGUAUAGAGUAAUAUGGGUGGAAAAUCCGCAUCUUCUCAGGCCCACGGCGUUUUCAAACGGAGCGGGAAAACGUCAAAAAAAUAAUAAUUUUGGCGCGAAAAUUCAAAUCCCAGUACGCAGCUAAAGGCGGUCGAACAAGCAAGUUAUUAACGUUGGAUACUGUGUAAUUUUUGACGUAGAAUGACGUCAUUUUAUCCGGAGCGCGCACUUACUUUUUUUGUAAAUUUAGAAAUUUUGACGCUCACCUUCCCUCACCCCAUUAGCAGGCUUGUGCGAGGGCCGGCCCGUCACCCUCCCGGCCCCCCGACCAUUUUGUAAGCCCGGCCCGGGCCGGCCUUAGCGGGCCUCAAGAAAAAAUGGCCCGCCCGGCCCGAAUCGCCCAAUUUUUUUCUAAUCGGAUAUCAAGUUUUUUACGAGAGAAAUUACGUUUUUGCUCAUUCUUUCUAUUGAAGUUUAACAAAAACUAUGAUUUCAGAAGUAAAAGUCACAUUUCGGUGAAAAUUUUUUAAAUGAAAUUUUAAAUUUUUUUUGAAGCCCGGCCCGGCCCGAGCCCACGCGGGCUUUUUCCUGAAAAUAAGGCCCAUAGCCCGGUCCGGGCCGGGCCCCCCGGCCUGACGCACAAGCCUGCCCAUUAGGAAUGCCGUAAGGCCCAAGUUCAAAGAAACUGAUUUUUUCUGUCCGUGACGCAAUUUUUCUGAAAAAAACUAAGCCUGGAACAAUGAAAAGCGGCAUUUCACUUCAUAUAUUACGCAAUAUGAGUUGAAAAUAGCGGCUUCUUCAUCGGUUGACCAGAGGCUCCUUUCUCUAUGGCGCAACCUUUCCGAAACGCUCCAUUUUUUUCCAACGAGUGUUUCGAACCUUCUUUGUGCACACCGCUAUUGUUUGAGGAAAAAUACAAGCUUUCCCAUCCUGGGACAAGAAAAUGCGGCUUCCUUUUUUCUUAUAUGGCGCAAUUUUUGUGUGAAAGGAAUAUCGGAGCUUCUGAGGCUGUAUAUUGAAGGCUCGGUUUUUCUUUUGUCUCUUCCCGGAAAAGCUCUUUUCGUGUUUUGAAAAGGAAUUUGAGUGAAAAAAACUGUAAAAUAUAAUUUUUUUAAAUUUGAAUUUGAUUACUCACUUGUAUUUUUAAUCAAAAAAAUUUGUAAGCUGUAAUUUUUUUGAUUGAAAAAAAUUAGCUUAAAAAAAUAGUUUUUUUAAGGAUUUUUUUAAAUUUUUCUCGGAGCAAAUGCAAUGAAGAAACUAUCACUUUUUCUAUUUUGCCCAAAGCGGAAACAGAAAUUUCAGUUUAAAAUGCUCUUUUUUAGGUCUCAUCGAAAACGGCGAACUGGAAUUCGGCCAGAACCCGCUUCUAAGUCUUUCCUUUGACCAUAUGAUUAAGGUUUUUGAGGAUUGAUACAUUAAAAAGGUUUUUUUCCCAGAGCGAGUUGUCCAAGUACCGGAAAAAGUUUCUGUCCGAAAAAAUUCUCUCCGGAGAUCAAUGCGGCGCGAUCUGGUGGAUCUACCGCAUCGAGAAGUUUCCGUUGCUCUCGAGGGCCGCCUUGAGGGUUUUGUCCUUCAACACGUCCUCCUUGGCCAAUCAGACAAUGAGGCGGUUGAGUUUUGGCAUGGAUCAAAUGGAAAAAAUCACAGAUUCAUCACAAAAAAAUGUAUGUAGAUGCUGACGAUUUGAAAGCAUUCUUUUUAUCACUCUACAAAACUGCAAAGAAAACCAAGGUCUUGAAGCGAAGUUCGUCCAAAUUUGGUAUAAGAUCUUUUUUGACGAAAAAAAAAAGGGACAAGGUGGCCACGGCAUUCCGAAUCGGGUGAGGGAAGGUGAGCGAUUCGUCAAAGUUUCUGAGUUUACAAAAAAAAAGCAAAUGCGCCCUCCGGAUAUAAUGACGUCAUCAUUCCACUGAGUAUUCGACCUUAAUAAGUUGUGUUUUAUCGCCCUUCGCUGCGUACCUGUGAUUUAAAAUUUCGCGCCAAAUUUUUUUUAUUUGACGUCUCCCCACCCCGUUUGGGAACGCCGUGGUGGCGCUGAAUGCCUUUUAGAAAAGGGAGAAGAAUGAAUUGAAUAGUCGGGUUUAAAGUAUCAACUCUUUCUCGUUGACCAAUCAGAAAGUUAGGCGGUGGAAUUUCGACACAAGAAUCUUUCUUCAAAAGCUUCUAGAAAGAAGAUUGGAAAAAGCAUUAUUACAAACAUCAUUAUUCUGGCGAUGGGCUCCCAGCCGUCAACUUUUAGACCAAAAAUGGUAACUUGUAACAUAGAUGGACAAAUACAAAACUCAUUGGGAGGAGGAGUCGGUUAACAAAAAUUCAAAAAAAUUAGUGAUAAAACAAUUUUCAACCUCAGGGAGGUGUUUUUGGCCACAAUAAUACAAGUUUUAGCCUCAGGGAGGUAGAAUUAACAAUAAUUUAGGAAAAAAAUUGGGGGUCCUUUAAAAAAAGGCCUGUCCAUGUAUGACGUGUAAUAAUAAAAAUAUACUUUAAUGAGUUUUUUUGUUCGAUAUUUUUUUGGUUGACAGUUCCUUUGGAAGAUUUUUGGGUGGUAUGAAAAACACCAGCGAAAAUUCAAACGGCGACUUUUCCGAUUUUUUCGUAUCGCUAGGGAGCUUUCCGACGGAUCCUUUUCCGACUUUUUUCCCUUAUGUUUUUCGGUUUAUAAAACAUCUAUAAAUAUUUUUUUUCCUAUUUCUAUGUGUUUUGAUCAUUAACCAAAUACCUACAUUAUAUAGGAAGGUUCAAAACGAAGAUUUUACCGAGAAAAAAAGUCGGAAAAAGAUUCGUCGGAAAGGUGGCCGUCGGAAAGUUCCCUAGCGAUACGAAAAAAUCGGAAAAAUCGCCGUUUGAAUUUUCGCUGGUGUUUUUUUCAUACCACCAAAUUUCGAGUUCGGUAGGCGAAAUGUGCAGUUAUAGCCCAUUCCGCUCAACCUUGUCACGAUUACUAUCUUUAUUCGGGGUACAGAACCCUUCCCUUUGAUCCGCAUGCUUUUUUUAUUCAUAUAAAUUUCUGUCAUAUUAAAGGCGCAUGUGCUGACACAGGUCACGCGCGAAAGGAAGGGUUCUUUAGCUCGAAGAUAAUUAAAAAUCGGACAAUUUGGAGCGGGAUGGGCUAUAAUAAGAAGAAUUGAAUGCGAUAGAAAAAAAUCAAAGGAAUAAGCUCAAAUUUCAUUUUUAUAUUAUUUUCAGUCCGGUUACGAAGCUCCACGCGCAACUGAGAAGGAGCAAAUGUUCUACAUUGACAAUGGAAAACCUGUUAAGAAUCCGAGCCAAUGAGAUCUGUGAGGAGAUUGGGAGGUUUGCCGAUCAAAAAAGAAAACUAAAACAUCAGGCUCAGACUUUUUCUUUGGAUUUAGGUUGAAUUUGAAAAAAAGGGCGUUACAAUAAAUUUUUCUCUAAUUCAAAUAUGUUGUAGAACACUAUUUUUAGAAUUUCUCACGAAAAAAAAAAACAGAAUAUUCUCACUCGGCUAGUUUUCGAGAUACAGUAGCCCUAAAGAAUUACGGUGGAAAGCUUCGAAAAUUACGGUAGAAAGUUUCUUUUACAGUUCCGUCAGAAAAAGGACGAAAAUGGCUUUUUAGAUAUUAUUUUCUUGUAUGGAGUUUGAUCUUUCUGAAGCUUUGAUAGCUCUUAUUUGUCCAUCUCUGGGGAAUAUUCAUUUCCUAGAAAAAAGGCGUUUUUUGUAGAAUUUCAAAAAGAAUUGAGCUUCAUACAAAGGGGGAUCGAGGAAAAAAACAAGGGGGCGGGGGUUCGAGGAAAAAUAAAAUUAAUGGUUAACCGCAGUCAUUUUUUUUUAAAUGAAGUUUGUUCUCUUUGUGGGAGAAGUUGGAGAAAACGAAUUUUUUGCAUUUUGACACUCCGCUCUGCACCUGCCCCAUGCUACAGUAUCCUCCUAUUGAAAUCGUCUUUUUCCUCUCUACGCUCCUCUUUUUUCGUUGUUUGCCAUGUGGGAAACAGUUUUGACCAUCUGCCGGGAAUCAAAAAAAAAUUGAAACAAAAAAUGAAACACCUGGAACUUUUCCAGAAAGAUUUUAGCUAUGUUAAGCUUUUUUACGAUCCAACUUAAUGAAUUAAUAGUAAGAUGCUCACGUUUUGAGGGUACUGUAGCAGAGGCAGGAACGGGCUUUAGACCUCCUUUUUUCAAGAAACCUGCUUGCCCUUGGGCCAACCCAAGCAUUGAGUAAGAUUAUAAUUUCGAUUGAAAAAGUGUUCAUUGCGAGAAACUUGGCUGAAGCGCACUUUAGAACCUUUUUUUAAUCUAGGCCAAACAUUUUCUCGACGGGAUGGGGGUGAAAAAAACUUCGCUUGUGAGAAAAAAAGAAUAAGUUCGAAUCAUAAAUUCUCAAUCCAAUUUUCAGGUGGUCCAGCGAUUUUUUUCGGUUUUUGGAUCAGACGGGCCUCGACUCUGACGUCGAAUACGAGUUUUUCAGAUGA